GACGUAAUCACCCUGCGACAACCCGAGAGCUGCGCAGUUGUUUGGUUUAUCGGAUUUGUUGGAAUUUUCCACUACGGAGUUUGUUUAGAGGAGUUUAAGAAGCGAUUUUUGAACAAAACCAGAACUUUAGAAGUUCCGAUUCAGAACAAAUAAUUUCAAUAACCUCUUUGGGUGGUUUUGUGGCAGUUUAUUUGUUGCGUGCAGUCCUCGAGGAUGGGGUUUACGGUGGACUAGCUGUUGUUAGCAUCGUUAGCUCAGGUUAGCUAAAGAAGUCCAGUUGGGUGUUUUUUUACUACCGUCGUUACUAUGGAAUAUAUUGGAGGAGUUGGAGGAGGAGUGGUGGUGAGUGGAGGAAACGUCCCGGCUUUCCUAACGAAACUCUGGACUCUGGUGGAGGACCCCGAGACCGACCAUCUCAUCUGCUGGAGCCUGAAUGGAACCAGCUUCCACGUGUUUGAUCAGGGCCGAUUCUCUAAAGAAGUUCUGCCGAAGUUCUUCAAGCACAACAACAUGGCCAGCUUCAUCCGGCAGCUCAACAUGUAUGGUUUCCGUAAGGUUGUGCACAUCGAGCAGGGCGGUUUGGUGAAACCAGAAAAAGACGACACAGAGUUCCAGCAUCCGUUCUUCAUCAGAGGACAAGAACACCUUCUGGAAAACAUCAAACGGAAAGUCACCAAUGUCUCGUCGGUCCGUCAUGACGAUGUAAAAAUCUGUGCUGAUGAAGUGAGCAAAAUCCUGACCGACGUCCAGAAUAUGAAAGGAAAACAAGAAACCAUCGACUCCAGGAUUGUCGCCAUGAAACAUGAGAACGAGGCUCUGUGGAGGGAAGUGGCCAGUCUCAGACAGAAACACGCUCAGCAGCAGAAAGUUGUUAACAAGUUGAUCCAGUUUCUGGUGUCUCUUGUCCAGACCAACAGGAUCAUGGGAGUCAAGAGAAAAAUUCCUCUGAUGCUCAACGACUCCAGCUCCACUCACUCCAUGCCGAAGUACAGCCGUCCAUUCGUGCAGGCGGCAGCUAAUCCCUUCUCAGCCGACUCCGCUCUGAGUUCUGGACCAAUCAUCUCAGACAUAACCGAGCUGGCCACCUCUGCCUCAGACGACGUCGUCAGUGAGUGGAUUGACCCAAAGGAGAACGAGUCGGUGAACAUCAAAGAGGAGCCGUCCAGCCCGGAAGUGGAGGAAAUGCCGAUCAUUGAGGAGGAACCGGUGCAAGUGGAGACCCCCUUUUCCCCCACCACCUUCAUCAACUCCAUACUUCAGGAAGAAGCACCGCCAGCAGCAGUUACCGCCCCCUCCCCACCAGCCGUAUCUGUUGUCGUGACAAGCCCCGCCCCCACCGAGUCUGUCCAGCCCACCCCGACCAGCCAGCCGUCUGCCCCCGUCACUCCCCAAAGCGCCGCUUGCAGCCCGGCCACACCCCACCAGAAAUGUCAGACGAUCGCCUGCAUCGGCAGAUUCCUCCCUCCCCCUGCAGGUGGACAUCCACCUGAACUUUGGCGCAUCGUACCGACACAACCUGACAAGUCUGAACUUUCUGAUCACGUCGACAACAUUGACACCAGCUUGGACAACCUUCAGACCAUCUUAAACUCUCAGACCUUCACCUUCGACACCACUCCGCUCAUGGAGUUCUUCAGCUCCUCUGGCUCCACCGGAGACUUCGAUCUGGACAGUUUGGACACGUUGCUCUCUGACGCAGCCCCGAAAGCCAGCGAAGGAAACACAGGGAAACAGCUGGUGCAGUACACCGUGGCACCUGUCCAGGUACCCGAGGCGGUGAGUUUGGAGGACGGCGUCGCCGACCUGCCGUCCCUCCUGGAGCUGGAGGCGGGGCCGUUCUUCGGCUCCGACGCGCCGGCGGACGACCCGCCCGACGUCCUGCUGAACCACAGCCAGCUGGACUCGAACCUCUGACCCGGUCAGGACUGUGAGGAUCAACAGCAAUAGCGGAUCAGAUGUAGAUGAUCGAUUAGUGCAAAGGUCACGUUUUUAUCAUACAGAUGUUAUUGAUCGGUAUUAAUCCAUUUCUAUACUUGUUUGUUUUAGAUUUUUAUUCCUCUUGAAUUCUUUUGCUUGCGCUUAGAGAGAAAAAAAAAAAUUACAAAAUCGAGACUCGAUGGCGUGCCGGCGUAUUCGGGUUCAUGUGGGCGGAGCCAUCAGGAUCAGCUGUUUCUGUACGUCGAGUUUUAUUGCUUGUACUUGUACAAUUUAAAUGAAGAGAGUGGAAUAUUUUUUGAAGAGUUUAUUAAGACACGUUUUGUUUUUUUUCCUCCUGUUGCCUCGGUUUCCAUGGAAACGGCGGUCUGUUUCCCUGGGGAGGGGGUCCACUUUGAGACGACUUUCUUUACCUUUCGUCUGGAUUUCUGUUCCGAUCCAACUCCCGACCACAGUCGUUCUUUAGCGCGUUUCCGGGCGCCUUCAGGUAAAUCUGGACGGCUUAGAAAUCCAGUUUCAGCUUCUUCAACUCCUCCGCUUCCCCCGAACGACACAAGCCCAUCAGUGUUAGGAUCAAAUCUAAAUGAGCUGUUUUACAGACACUUAUUCAUAUCCAGAUCUUUACGUUUCUACAAAGAGAUGACCAGAAAGUGACUUUAGGAGAUCAGGAGUUCAAAGCUAUUCUAGUGACAGAAAAACUUUUUUUUUAAAUUUAUUGGAGAUACUUCUACAAAAAAAAAAGAGCGAUGAGACUCCUGACGUCCUGACGUCACUUUUCUGUCCAGGUGAUCCAAAGGCUUGUCAGCUGCUAUACAGAGACAGACGCUUCUGUGAUUAAUAUAUUUUGCGAUUAAUUUAAGAGGAAGCCAUCUUUUUUAUCAAGCCGCCGCGCAGCUUUCUUCACGUCGGGGGAGAGGAGGAAAACGAAAUGUUGAAAGGUUGUUUGGAUUGUAAACUUUGGCUCAAUAAAAUGUUUAAAACUG